AUGUUUAUUCAUAUACCAGCAAAAAACUUAUAUGUUAGUGAACCUGAUCCUCGACAUUUUGGAAACCCAAAAAACGAUGAUCCAAAGGUUAAUUGGUUAAAGAGCAGAUUCCACUUUAGUUUUGCAGAAUACUAUGAUCCAUCAAAUUAAUCAUUUGGAGCACUAACAGUAAUGAAUGAUGACUUAGUCUAACCUAAUAAAGGAUUUGGAGAGCAUCCUCAUUAAAAUAUGGAAAUUGUCACUUACAUUGUGUAGGGAGAAUUAACUCACGAGGAUUCAAAAGGGAACAAAGAAUCACUUGGGAGAGGAUCAGCAUAAUAUAUGAGUGCAGGAUCAGGCGUUUUUCAUUCUGAAUACAAUUUAUCAAAAAAAGAAGUUUGCAGAUUCAUAUAAAUUUGGAUAAAACCACGAUAAACUAACACUAAAGUGCAAUAUAAGAGUUAUAGAGGAGAGAAUGGUUAAGCAAAUAAUAAAUGGUUUCAUUUGGUUGGAGAUUUAUAAGGAAAUUCAUAAGCUCCAGCAAAAAUUAAUUAAGAUACUAAUAUAUGGGUUAGCGAGUUUUCAACAGAAUAAAGAUUUGAGAUCAAGGAGGGCAGAUAAGCCUACCUGUUAUGUGUGGAAGGUUAGUUUGAAAUGACUAUUGAUUCAAAGUAACCUUUGCAAGAACUCAAAAGCUAAUUAAUCAAUUAGUACGAUGGAGUGAAGCUUUUCAAAAGUAUUGUUUUGAAGCCAAUAGACAAGGCUCAUGUCUUAUUGGUUGAGAUGAACAAGUGAUCAGCAAUCACAAUAUUGAAAUAUAUACUAUAAGUA